UUGAACAUAUAAUAUAUUAAAUAUAUAAGAUACAAAAAAAAAUUAAAAAAAAUAUUUUUUUGAAAAAAUAAAAAGAACGGAAGAGUACGGGAAAUUUAAUGAUCAAGUUAAAGAUGUGACAUGUGACACAAUUUAACAAAUAAAAACAUACACAGAGAGAGUACCGGAAAUGCAUCAAGAAACCAACGAAGAUGUAGUAGACACGAAAAAAUAAAAAAAUAAUUAAUUAAUAACGGUUACAUACAAAAAUAAAAGAAAAAAAUUAAGAAGAGAAUCCACAGAAAGCAAGAACAAGACACGAAAUAAAUUUAAUUAAAUUUACUACACACAAAAAAAAACAUUCACUCACGAGAAAAAAAUUCAAAUCAAAAUGGCAAUAAAUUUUUCCGCGUCAUUUGCUGCCUGCCUGGCUGCAGGUUUAAAAGUUCCGCGUCAAAUUAUGUACUGUAUAUCGCAAGACACAGGAGCGCCCUACGUGCUGUACAAAGAUUCGCAAGAAGCUGCCGAGCGAAGUGCUGCGCUCGGAGGUCAAUGGUCUCCCGACAUGUAUCCGGGGCUUCAGCAAGCGCCGCAAACGCAUCUCGGACAACAUCCUGCCUUGCCGCCGUCGCAAAAUACUCACAAUUCGCCGACGCAAGAAGGCGCCCAGCAACCGCCGCAACCCCAAACGGAACAAACGAACGGCGCUCAAACACUUUCGAGUCCCGCCCGAAGUCCCUAUCAACGAAGCAAUCGUCAGGAAAUGGAUUCGCACGUGAACAACGUCUCGUUACAACAACAACAACAGCAUCAGCAAACGAUCGCUGCGAACCAGAAUUUGUCGAAUCAGCAACAAACGCAGGCGCAGCAGCAACAACAAACGAAUCCGCAUCAAACGUCGCCCGAUCAAAAUGAGCAUCGCGGCGUCAACAAUAACGACAACGAGCAAGCUCACAACUUUUCGAAGCCAAAUCAGGCGGAGCUGAAUUAUUACGCGCAGCAACAUCAUCAGAAUGGCGGCAUGCUCGGGCCUCCGGGAUUUCCGCCGCUUCAUCAUUACUUGAACAAAGGCGGCGUUUUGCCCGGAAUGACGGCAACGGAGAUGAAUGGCACAGAUUUGGCGGGUUACACGAUGCCCGAUCUUUUGCAUGGGAAUCAAUUGCAUCAAGGAGGAAAUCAGGGCGCGCAUAAGGGAGGAGCGAAACACUCGGAUUUGCGGUUGUUCAAGUGCAUGACGUGCGGAAAGGAUUUCAAGCAGAAAAGUACGUUGUUGCAACACGACAGAAUUCAUACGGAUAGUCGACCGUAUGGGUGUCCCGAGUGCGGGAAGAGAUUUAGACAACAAAGUCACCUGACACAACAUUUGCGCAUUCACGCCAAUGAGAAACCCUUUACUUGUGCAUUUUGCCCACGGAGCUUCAGACAACGUGCAAUUUUGAAUCAACACGUGAGAAUACAUUCAGGUGAGAAGCCGUUUGGAUGCCCAGAAUGUGGCAAAGCUUUUAGACAGAAGGCCAUUUUAAAUCAACAUGUUCGCACUCACCAAGAUGUUUCACCGCAUCUCAUCUUCAAGAACGGAACUCAUCCAACUUUAUGGCCUCAAGACGUUCCCUAUCCUCCGGAAGAUGGUCAACAGCCAAAAGACGAAAAUCAAUUCGGUGACGAAGGUUCGCAAGGAACUCCCGAGUCACGUGGUUGCUUCUCGCCCGAAAACGGGCUUUCGUAUCCGGCAUACUUUAAAGACGCAAAAGGCGUGAAUCACUCAGUUUUCGGAAAUAAUUCCAUCAGUUCGUUGUACUUGAAGCAAAAUGGAGGAAAGGGAUUGCCUGAUGUGCUUCAAAAUGGAAGAGCAGCUGGUUUGCCGUUGUAUGUUCGUUGCCCGAUUUGUCAGAAGGAGUUCAAGCAAAAGAGUACGUUGUUGCAACACGGAUGCAUUCACAUCGAAUCGAGACCGUAUCCGUGCUCGGAGUGCGGAAAACGUUUCCGUCAACAAUCGCAUCUCACGCAACAUUUGAGGAUUCACACGAAUGAAAAGCCGUUUGGUUGCGUUUAUUGCCCGCGCUUCUUCAGACAACGAACAAUUUUGAAUCAACACAUAAGGAUCCAUACAGGCGAAAAGCCCUACAAAUGUGAGCAAUGCGGUAAAGAUUUCCGACAGAAAGCAAUACUUGAUCAACAUCGACGCACGCACCAGGUAGGAGAUCGUCCCUUCUGCUGUCCCAUGCCGAAUUGUCGUCGUCGUUUCUCGACCGAACAAGAAGUGAAAAAGCACAUUGACAACCACAUGAACCCCAAUUCGCAAAAAGGGCGCAAAAAGAAGAACUCUUCCGUCGCGGCAACUGUCGCUGCUGUUACCGCCGCCGUCACAAAUGCCUCCCAAACGAACCCGGAGGGCAAUCACAUCCAAACGAGCGUUCAAGCGCAAGCCCAGGACAUUGCAGCUGUCGUCGCGGCGCAUCAACAAGACUCAAAAUCCGCCUUUUUGACGAAAGACAUGCAAAAUAACAUCAUUCCCCGCAUGACGCCGGGCAUCGUGAAGCACGAAUUGUACUUCCCGCCACAAUGCUAUGGACCACCCUUCAAUGGGCAAACUUUUAAUGGCGCCAAUCAACCGGCAUCGACAACGGCGACGCCAAAUGCAACGACAACGCCCGCCGCAACUGCCGUCGUUCAGUGACGAUCUGCGCAACAUGACGAAACCGUAAUUCAACAACCACCGCCGAGAAUGGAAAAUAACACAACGAUCAGUCAUGAUGCUUACAACAACAAUUUGCCGCCUUCGCAACAUUAUCGGGACAAAUGAAAAAGGUUUCCAUAAAAAAAAAUUGCACAAAAAAAUAUUUUGAAAAAAAAAACUCUUGUGAAUAUACAAAAAAAAAAUAUACAGUACAUAAAAAAAUUGAACGAGAGAAAAAAGAAUGCAUUAAA